AUGCCGUUGAUACAAAACGCCCCGUCGGGGGCGGGGGAAGCACCGCAACAGCACCGCCAGCCGUCGAGAAAGGGAAAGAAGGCGUGGAGGAAGAAUGUCGAUGUCACGGAGGUCCAACGGGGUUUGGAGGAGCUCAAUGACGAACUCAUCCGAGGGUACGUCUUUUCUGUACCGCAUUUUCACGUACAAUGGUUUAUUAACGACGUCCGCAGCGGUGUGAUCAAGGAGAAGCCAUCAUCCGAGCUUUUCUCAAUCGACUUGGCCGGCGACUCGAAGGCUGCCAAGAGUCUUGUCAAGCGCUCCAAAAAACAGCUCAAAGUCGAUGAAAUCAUUGCCCAACGCUCCUCUGUUCCUGCGGUGUCGAUGCGGAAGCGACCGGGCGACAAGACCACCGACGGCAUCAUCCCGUCGAAGCGGCAGCGACUUGGCUGGGUCCCUCACAAGGAAUUGACCCGUCUGCGAAAGGUGGCCGACGGAAGGCAGGAAUUGACUGUCGUGGGCUCGAAUGCCACGUUUGACAUCUGGGAUGCACCUGGCGAGCCACAGGUUCAGCAGGCGACCGACUUCCUCCCGGAGAAAAUUGAGCCCAAAGUACCAAAGUCGAUGAAACAACAGCCAAUCUCCUUGACGGCCAGCGGGAAACAAGUUCUUGCGGUGCCAACCCCGGCUGGAGGGUACAGCUACAACCCUGCAUUCACAGACUACGAGGAGAGACUUGCCGACGAAAGUGCGAAGGCGGUCGCCGCUGAGCAGAAGCGACUUGACAAUGAAGACCUGGAGAGACAGAAAAAGGAAUCCGCCGCUCGGUCUGCUGCCGAGGCCGAGGCGGCCGAGGAGCGUGCCAACAUGUCAGAGUGGGAGGAAGACUCCGAGUGGGAAGGGGUCCAGAGUGGCAUGGAGGACAAGCCAAGCAGCAAGCAGCACAAGCGGAAAACACAAGCGCAGCGGAAUCGCAUCAAGCGCAGAAAGGAUGACGAACGCUUGGCCAAGCACAAGGCCGCCAUGAAGGAACGACGAGUUCAAGAGCAGCGAAUCAAGGAGCUCGCUCAAGAAGUGGAAGACAACGAGCAGGCGAGGGCUCUCCUGGAACAAUCCAAACUGGACGCUACCCACUCGUUGUCGGAUGAAUUAUUGCGGAGGAGGCAGCUCGGCAAGUUCAAACUUCCCGAAAAGGACCUGGAGCUGGUUCUGCCGGAUGAGCUGCAAGAAUCACUCCGUCUGCUGAAGCCCGAGGGCAACCUGCUCAAGGAUCGGUAUCGCAGCAUGCUCGUCAGGGGCAAGGUGGAGAGCAGGCGGCACAUUCCUUUCAAGAGGCAAGCGCGGAAAAAGCUUACGGAGAAGUGGACGCACAAGGACUUUGUCUUAUAA